AUGCCAGUGGGACUUAUUGGGGGUGCCCGUGUCAAAGAAGCGGUCUUCCUCCUCACAAUCCGCCUCUUCGUCUGUGCGCUCUCUCCACGCAGCGAUACCUUGCAUCUCAAUUCAAUCGUGAUCGUCCAGCGACGACCUCAAACUGCCCAUAGCCAUCGACUGCGCCACCUCUGCCACCCUCAUCGCACCGUGUUUGCCUGGCGCAGUGCUGCUUCGGCCUUAUCAACAAUCGUGACCAACCUUCAACCUGGAGGCCUAGCAAUCACGGCCGACGACAAGUACAACGACAUCGUCAACAAUGAGACGCCCAAUGAAAUGACAGAAGCGUCAACUUCAGAGGUUGCUAACGAUGUCACCGCCACAGACAAACAGCCCAACGACCUCACCGAUAACCAAACAACACUCUCCAUGACCAAUGUCAAGACCGAGGAUGCUCCCGAAGUCCCCAAAAGUGUCUCUAAUGGCACCAGCGACAAUCCUACCAAAGCCGCUGAUGAACCUGAUGCCGACGGCGAUUCCGAGGCUGAGACCCUGAUUCAAUCCCCAGAAAAGAAGAAGAACGCGGUAGAGGGUGCUCCGGUGCUACAGCCGACCGGUUCGAAUACCAUCAAGAGGCAUCGAGAGAAUGGCGACACACCGGAUGAUGGCACUAAGAAACCCAGGAAGCGCAAACGCGAUAUCCCCAACCUCGAGAUGGAACCCUCGCGCACUUCCAGUAGCUCGCCUCUAUCAUCCCCAAAUCCGCAAGCGCACACUCGUGAUAGUGAUUCAGACAUUUCCGACACCCCGCGGUCAGCUCGUAAUCAGCGGUCCAAGCGUACGGUUUCCAAGGCUGAAUCUGAUGUUCUAGAUGGUGCGCGUCCUUCCAAAGUGCGCAGACGGCGGCCGAGCGAUAUUCUUGCACCAUCUGCCAAACACCGGAGUAAAGGCUCCACGUCAACCGCAGACGGUACGUCUGAACGUCGAGAAACUCGGUCCGCCACGUAUCCACGCCAGUCAUCGGAAGAUCGAUCGCCUUCUCCAAGACCGAUAUCUCGCGGCCAUCGUCGAGGUGUUUCGACACAGCUUGUUUCAGGCGAAUUUGAACGCAAGAAGCGUGGCCGGCCUCCCAAUAUCAGCACCAAGCGAACCAUAUCUACAGAGCGACACCGUUCAAGUUCCUCAGAUGGCGAUUCCAGCCCACCCGACCCGCGCCCUUCUCUGGAAAAGUUCGAUUCGCGUGACCACAUGUCACCAGCCAAAGCAUCAGGUCCCCGUAAAUAUCGCGACAAAAAUGGCCGUACCUUUUUGUCCAGGGCGUGCAAUAACGACGAUCUGGAGAGGGCGAAACAGUGCUAUAAAGAGCGACCGGAAGAUUUGAACCUUUCUGACAAUGCUGGCAACACCCCUCUUCAGAUUGCCGCUCUACAAGGAUCUGCCGAAAUUGUGCAAUUCUUGCUAGAGAACGGCGCCGAGGUCGACACACGGAACAUUGACAAAGAAACGCCGCUGAUAGACGCUGUGGAAAAUGGUCAUCUGGAGGUGGUAAGACUACUGCUGGAGUUUGGCGCAAAUCCUCGAUCGGGGAACACCAAGGGCGACGAACCGUACGAGCUUGUGCCUCUCGACGAUGAGAACUAUGACACGAUCAGGAAACUCAUUGCCGACGCGAAAGAGCAAGACUUUACUAAGCGUAGGAAGUCGAGCGACAACGCCGAGGCACAUCGCGAAGGCUCUUCCAGGGCUGCUUCAGCCGCAAGCGCCCGAGACUCUCCACCGAUUCUUGGUCCUCGAAGUCCUCCCACUCUUACAUCGCGGCGCAGAACUGGAAGAAGCGAAUCUACCCGCAACGACCUGUUGUGGCAAUCUCACACCCAAGAGAACCUGAGGCUUCUAGCAUCGAAAGGAAACGUCCAGGGAGUUGCGACAAUAUUGAAUGUGCUUCAAAAGGCAGAGCCUGCGGCUGUUAUCGCAGCCGCAAAGGCUGGUCAUGAAGAAGUUCUUCAGUAUCUGCUGGCUAUGGGUGAGGCGGAUCCAGAUCCAGAUCCACUCUCUGACCACAAGCCUGGUUAUAACACGCCCAUGUUAGCUGCGAUUGGUCGUGGAAACCUUGAUGUCAUUAAGCUUCUCGUCGAACAAACUGGAUUCAACCCAUCGAGAAAAUGGCGAGGCAAGACGUACUACGAGAUUGCCCAAGAACGUCGUGGUGAGAGCUGGGCAAAGGAAGUCAACAUUUUAAAGGAAGCCUACGAGAAGCACAUGUCGGGCAAAGCAAAAACAAAGUCACCCAAAAAGCUUCGUGAGCCUCCUGAGCGAACCAAAGAAAGACGUGCAAGGCGCUCCGAAUCUCCACCUUCCAGCAACCUCCGCACAUCCAGCAGUCCAACUAUGACCCACAAGAGUCUUCCUGACAAGAGCCCUCGCUCUUUGCGCAAAGACAGCAAGAAAGAAUUGUCCUCGCCACCGGAACGCGAGCGGCGGAAAGUUGACGCUUUGAAGGAUGACAAUGCAGUCGCGGUUGUCUCUGAUCAAGAACAGUCAGUCCACGAGAAACGUGGCCAUAAGCAUCGCCGAAGCCAGAGCGAUCUCCCUCUACCGCCGACCUCGGAGGCGGAAAGCCUCCAGCGUAGGCGAAGACUAGUAACCGGGAAGGAGCAUCGCAGAAGCCAGAGUGGCGCAGGUGGCCCGCGUUCUGAUGGCAGCGCCUCUGAGAUUGAGGUUAAGCGCGAGCGACAAACCCCCGGCCUGAAACGUAACCGUGCCAGUGUAUCACCCGAACCAAAGGACGGCGAUGCGCACAGGGUGGUCGUCAAGAAACGACGCACAGUCCUCGAAAGCAGCCCAGAAGAGUCUCGUCCGGCACUGAAGGUCAAGCAAGCACAUAUGGCCGAACCGCAAGACGCUCAGAUGAAGGAUGGCAAGACCGAGGAGCUCGCCGGAGAAAUUAAUGUCCUACUUGCACAGGCCAAUAAGAGCUUAUCCCCAGAGAUCUCGACGCAGGAUGCGCCUGGGGAACCCGACACAGAGCUGGUCCCGCCAUCCGAACAAGCAGACGACGAGACUGUGCGAAAGGCCGCAGAAGAAGCGGAGCAGAAGAAGCAAGAAGAGUUGAGAGUUGCUGUACAGAAGGAAGCUGAAGAGAAGGCAGCCGAAGACCAGCGCAGAGCUGAAGAGGAGAAAGUGGCGGCAGAGCGUGCCGCUGCCGAAAAGGCUGCCGAAGAAAAAGCGGAAGCUGAGCGGCUCGCGGCACAAAGAGCUGCAGCCGAGCAGGCGGAAGCAGAACGACGGGCAGCCGAGGCGGCGGAAGCACGACGCAAAGCCGAAGAGGCCGAAGCAAGAAGGUUGGCUGAAGAAGAGGAGGCAAAAAGAAAGGCCGAGGAAGAGGCUGCAGCUCGCAAGAAGGAAGAGGAGGAACGACAGGAGCGACAGCGACGCGAACGGGAGCUGGAAGACCGACAGCGACGGCAGGAAGAACAAAUUCGGCAGCAGCACCUGGAAAUUGAGCGCCGUCGCCGGGAAGCGCUACCAGCAGCACUGAGCAGAGCGUCUCUUUUGCUCGACACAGGUAAUUUCGAAGAGGCCAAGUCUCACGCAUGGCUGUCUCACUUCCUACCACUAUAUACUGUGCGCACGGCUCAGCUCGAUCCCGUUGCACAUCCCGCCAUGGCCGACGAGAAAUGGAUCCCGAAUUUUCAGGCAGCUGUUCUACUAGCUACAAAGGAUCUCAAUCUUCGGAACUACACAGCUCUCGAAAAGAGGCCUGUCUCGGCAGAGGAACAGGAGAGACUGUGGAAAGUUGGCAGGCAUAUGCUGUCGUACGAAUAUCCGACCAACAGUUACAAUACCAGCAUCAAGAAGGCCAAGCAGGUCGAGGCGGAGCAGCGACCCAAAUUUUUGUCCAUGACUGAAGUCUUCUGGGUCAAGCUGUCCGACUUCAACGACCAAAUUUAUCGCCACGACCAUCUCUCAGGGUUGUAUCUCAGGGAGCAGAAGAUCACGAUUAGAAUACCUGACCAAAUCACUCCUCAUGGAUCCCCACGCACUAACGGCAUAUACGGCUCUCCCCCAACACCACAAAUUCCGAACGGCAUCCAUAUACACGCCAAUGGUGGCCCUCGCUAA